CAGGGCAAGGGCAGCGGCGCUAUGGACGCCCCGCAGUCCACUGCCGCGCCGGAGGUCGUCAGGGACAAUUACAUCCCCAUCUUCGACGGCCAGCCGGCAAGCUAUCGGGAGUACCGAAUGCGGGUCAACCUGUACUAUAAGAAGAUGGCCCUCACCAACAAGAAGACGGAGGCCACGAUUAACUUGUUGACCAGCCUUGCUGGACCUGUCUGGAAGCAAGUGGAGCACCUGGCUGAUUCGGCCCCGGACCAGGAGGACGGCUUCGAGGCGAUCCUUAAGGAACUGGACCGGGCCUUUGAAAAGUUCUUCUACGGGCUAUCUCGACCAGCCGGCCAGACACUCAUCCACUAUUGCUCCAGCCACCGUGAAGCCGCCCGAGAGUUGGAGAAGCACGACGUGAAGUUGCCUGAUGCGGUGGGCGGCUGGCUUUUGCUGCGCCGAGCCUCGCUCUCGCAGGAGCAGCGACAGCUGGUCCUGAGCCAGCUGGACAACAAGAAGCUCAGUGUGGCGGCUGUGGAGCAGUCGCUUUUCUACUUGUUUGGCCAAGACUAUAAGGGCUCAAGGACCGAAUCCCAUCGACCAACUGGCCGAGGACGCGGCUACAGCCACACCUACCGCUGGCAACCAUCGAGGACCCAAUACGCCUACUCCGCUGAGGAUGAAGAAGCCCCCGACUACCCAGAGCCGGAGUAUGCCGACGAGGCGGACUACGGCUAUUACGAAGACGACCCCAAAGGCUAUGACGAGACAGAGGAGCACGAGGCCCCUACAGAGGACUUUGCCGAGACCACCUACUACGGCCUGGAUGAUGAUGACGAGGAAACCGAAGAGGCCUAUGCUGCCUACCUCGACGCCCGGCGACGCCUAGCCGAGGUGAAGGCAUCCCGGGGAUACUACCCCGUGGUGGCUGUGGUGGACCAGUCAGGUCCUGGAUCACAAUUGCCAAUCGCAGCCACGCCGGGACCCUCGAAAGGCAAAGCUGGAAAAGGCCGAGGCGGCAAGACAAAGUCGAAGGGAGGACCGAAGGGACAGUCCCAACGCCCACCAGUCCCCCCUACAAAAGGGAGAGCCCGUGCUGAUGCCACCCGGUGCCUACGAUGCGGCCAACUUGGCCAUUGGGCAGCGCAGUGCCCGCGACCUCCUCCGGCGAAUCCGACUUCCCCCGGCGGCUCGCCCACCAAGCGGCAGAAGGGCGAGGCUAUGAUGGCGGGAAGCCGGAGCGACUUGCGAGCUGCUACGGUCGGCCGUGUUGUGGGAUUGCAAGAUGGAGGAAUCCACGGCCGCAUCCAGUGUUUCCUGGUGUCUGGCGAGAUGCCUGUGCUCAUCGGGCGCCCCAUCCUCAAAGCCCUCAAGGUCAAGAUGGACUAUGACCACGACAAGGUCUCCAUCAUGGGCGAGCCUUGGACUGAGGCGCUUGUUGGACCCAAGGGCGAGUACCUUCUCGCCUUGGAUGAUGGCCUCAGCCCGGACACCCUGGACACGGAGUACGCCUUCGACUAUGUUACGGACGACUGUGUGGACAACUUCGUCAACCAGACCACCCUCCUCGACAUGGACACCUACCUCCGCGAGACAGGGAGAACCGGACCUGCGUUCCUAGAUGAAGGCACCAUGGCCGCUACACUUGUGGACACCCAGGAGCAGGAGAGCAACGUCUACCCGCAGACCUCAGCCAGCGGCCUUGCUCCAGCGGUGGAGUGCGCCCUUCCUCCCAACAUCUGGAAAAGCAUCGGCUAUGGCAUAAACCGGUGCCGGAACCAGCUGGACCACAUCUUGGAAGCGGCCUACCGCGCCGCAGAGACCACCCACGCUAUGUUCUGGGAGGUCUACAGCGGGUCUGGGAAUCUCGCUGCCGCCAUGGCUGCUCGAGGCUUUCAGGUGCGGACCUUUGAUUUGCCAGACUGGGAUUUCGAGAAGCCCCGCUGCUGCAGGGAGUUCAUGGAGCUCCUGGAUGCUGAGAUGCCACACGUGGUGUGGCUGGCCCCGCCGUGUACACCAUGGUCCCCGCUCCAGAACAUGAACGUCCGCACCGACCAGGACCACGAGCUGCUUGAGGCCACCCGGGACUAUCACCACCAUACGCACCUCAAGUUCACUCGCAGGGUGUUUCUUCGCAUGUCCCAGUAUGGUAUUGUGGUGCUGGAGCACCCGCUCAGCUCCAGAGCCUGGACUACACCCGCCUUCCACGACCUUGGGCUUCCUGUUCAUGUGGACCAGUGCGCGCUUGGGGCCACCCUUCCCAAUCUCCAUGGCAUAGACACGCCGAUCAAGAAGGCCACCAAGCUCGUCACCAACUACCGUCUCCUCACCGAGACGCUAGGGGCCUACAGGUGCCCCACCAGGCGCUGA